AUGGGUGUAAGUGUUGCAAGAAGGGCCAAACAAAUUCAAACCCAUCGUGGGAGAACAUCACCAUGUGCAUAUUGGCUGGCUGGGAGAUGUAACAGAAAUCCAUGCAAGUUUUCGCACGCAUCAGAGCCGCAUACUACUUAUCAUUAUGCCAAUACUCCUUACACAUACACAAGGAACUCUCAUUCCUCCUCUCACUCUAACUCAAAGAAGACAGCUCUCACAAGAAAUAUUAGAGAUGAGACAAGUGUUGUCAAGCCUUCUCGCAAAUCAUCAUUGCCAAGCAUAUGUAAAUAUUGGAUAAAUGGCAAUUGCGUAUAUGGUCAAAAGUGUCGGAAUUUGCAUUCAUGGUUUCACGGUGAUCACCUUUCUUCUGUAGCAAAACUUCAACAACACAAGAAGGCUAUCACUGGAAUUGCACUUCCGGUUGGAUCCGACAAACUUUACUCUGGCAGUACGGAUGGGACAGUUCGGAUAUGGGACUGUCAUACUGGUGGAUGUAGUAAUGUGGUAAACUUUGGCGUCAAAGUCACUUCUUUGAUCAGCGAGGGACCAUGGGUUUUUGUUGGUAUACAUAAUGCUGUCAAGGCUUGGAAUAUUCAAACUUUAUCAGAGUUUACUCUUGAUGGACCUAAAGGACAAGUCCUUUCCAUGAUUGUUGGCAAUGAUACACUUUUUGCUGGAGCAGAGGAUGGUGUCAUUUAUGCAUGGAGAGGAAGUGCUGAAGCUAACUCCUCCUCUCCCUUUGAAUUGGUUGCAUCACUAACUGGUCACUCAAAAGCUGUGGUUUGCCUUACUGUUGGACGGAAGAGGCUGUACUCAGGUUCCAUGGACCAAAGCAUAAAGGGUUGGGACAUAGAUACAUUAGAGUGUGAAAUGACACUCAAUGGGCAUACUGAUGUAGUUACAUCUCUUGUAUGUUGGGACCAUUAUUUGUUGUCAAGUUCAUUUGACUGCACAGUUAAGGUCUGGGCUGCUACUGAGGAGAUAACAUUGAAAGAGAUAUACACGCACACUGAGAAAAAUGGUGUUGUUGCACUUUCCGGGAUGACUGAUGCAGAAGGAAAUCAUAUAUUGUUUUGCUCAUGCAAAGACAAUUCAGUUCGUUUGUAUGAUAUGCCAUCAUUUUCAGAGAGAGGUCGUUUAUUUACAAAGAAAGAGGUGACAACUUUUGAGUUAGGUCCUGAUGGACUCUUUUUCACUGGAGACGGGACUGGUUUGCUGACUGUAUGGAAAUGGUUGGAUGUCAAGAUGGCAUCCUCAGUUCAACAUCCUGCUUAG